UGUUAAUGGGCUUGAGUAAUUGCUCCUGAUAGGCAUUUGAUUACAUUAUCAAAGAGCUGGGGUCUGAAAAUAUCAGAAUCAACAUUAUUGCGCAAAGCAGUGGUGGGAAGAAGUUGUGCUGCAGUGUUUAGCUUUAGUAGUGGUGCAUGAAACGUCUGUCAACGUAGCUAGCCAGUUUGGUUGAUGUUUAAUCUUAACAGGUUAUUUUUUGCUCUGUAAACGGCAGCAUAAAUGUACUUGUGCACGUUUCUGCACAGUCGACGCGUUCCAGUCCACUCAAUAGACGUAUUUAUGCUUGCGCACCGUAGCCGGUCAGUCGGCUAUACCGUUGGAUUAACAAAGUUAUGCAUGCUAGUUAGCUCCCUGGGCUAACUUGAAAACAUUGUAGCUUUUGAAGCGUACAAUUCACGUUACACUUAACUAACGUUACUGUUUCAGCGUCAGAAAAGUUACAAUAGUGCGAAUAAACUUAUCUUGAGUACCGGGCAUAACGAAGUGAGUGCGCAAAGCGCUCUAUGAGUCGAAUGUAAACAAUGGCAGUUACAUAAUGUCUGUAAUUUAGUUGGUUAAUCUUUUAAUCUAAAGAAGACGACGUAUUUUCCAUGUUGGUGCCCUACUGAGGUCUGACGGUAAACAGAAGCCUACUUCAUGUGUUCGGUGAUGUUCUCUUGCAGAUGUGUGCUAAAUGAAGUCAAGAGAAGACGUGCUGGUCCACGGGAUAAGUGCUAACAUGUCUCUUAUCUUUUCGAGCUUUUCAUGACCCGUAUCAGGGGAAAGCCAUCUGAAAGGGACAUCAGUUCUCUCACGUACACUCUGUCCUGCUGAGUGAAGACGUUUCAUAAGACUGUGAAGCGUAUUCCUCUGUGUUGCAUAUUUGACGAGAAGCCCCUUUUUGUUAACCCCGAAAAGUCCUUUCGUCCACGGGAAAAUGUCCCGACAGAACUCCCUUAUGGCCGCAAUGGCCACUGUGCUUGGAGCAACACUAGGAGGCCUGGUCCUGUGGCGGAGCUUCCUCACACAGAGAAAGAGGCUGACACAGGGCCCAUCUUCAUCUGCUGCUUUGGAAACCCAACAAACGCAACCACUACAAGAGAAGAAGCUGCAGCAGCAACCACAGAAACAAAAGCAGCCGCAAGAAUCUCCCCAGUGUCCCACAGUGGAACCGGAUUCGACCCAGGUGGUGCCUCAGGGUCCGCAGCUUCCCUCACCUCCUCCGCCCUCACCUCCGCCUGCAUCGCUUGCCUCUCCGAGAUCUCUUCUGGACGUGACGCCAGCGGUGGUGAGCUCUGCUGAGGAGUGGGAGACCCUGUGGCCCUCGCUGCAGCAAGACCUGCUGGUCUACCCCGUCCUGGGGCUGGACUGUGAAUGGGUAAAGGGCAUGCGUGUGUCGGUGAAGGGCAAGCCCUCUACCGUCUCGUUGCUGCAGAUGGCCACCUACACGGGCCAGUGCGCUCUGGUGCGGCUGCAGCUCUUUCGGGAUGCCCUCCUGCCUUCAACACUGGUGGAAGUCCUGAGUGACCUGCAUGUGCUGAAGGUCGGAGUGGGCUGCUUCGAAGAUGGCAAGCGCCUGGCCCAUGACCAUGGCUUGGUGCUGCGCUGCACUGUGGACUUGCGUUUCUUGGCUCAGAGACAGAGGCAUGUAUCACUAACGAAUGGCCUGAGCCUCAAGUCACUAGCUUCAGACCUGCUCGACAUCACCCUGGACAAAUCCCUGGACCUGCGUUGUAGUGACUGGGAAGCGGACCAGCUGAGUCCAGAGCAGGUGAAAUAUGCAGCGCGUGAUGCCCAGGUAUCAGCGGCCCUCUUUUUCCACCUGCUCAGCUCUCCCACCGGCCCCACUAAGAGCUCCGCAGACCCGAGCCCAGCCCCUUCAGAGGGAGGGAGUGCCUACUCCCGGCUGGCUGCCAGAUGCCAGGGGCUGCUGGAUGUGCCCUUCCGGGGCCGCCACACGCCGGGGAGCCUGGACGGGGAGCGCAGGAGAACCAGCAGCAGCAAGAAGCUAUCUGUGGACAGCCCCGAUUCUGGGGACCAGCGCGUGCCGGACCCUCGCAAGAACAAGAGGAAACCACUGGGGGUCGGAUAUUCCGCUAGGAAGUCCCCUCUGUAUGACAACUGUUUUCUUCAUGCCCCUGAUGGUCAGCCUCUGUGCACAUGUGACAAGAAGAAGGCCAAAUGGUACCUGGACAAAGGCAUUGGAGAGCUGCAGAGUGAGGACCCCUUCAUCGUGCGUCUGCUGUUUGAGCCGUCUGGACGUCCAGAGACUCAGCAAGACUAUUACCUCACAGCCAAACAGAACCUCUGUGUUGUGUGUGGCAAAGCAGACUCUUACAUCAGGAAGAACAUCGUUCCCCACGAGUACCGCCGCUACUUCCCGGCUGAGAUGAAGGACCACAACUGCCACGACAUCCUGCUGCUGUGCACGGCGUGCCACGCAGCGUCCUGCACCUACGACGGUCAGCUCAAGCAGCAGCUGGCGCAGGACCACGGCGCGCCGCAGGGCUGCGAGGAGGGCGUGCGCCUCCUGGAGGACUCUGAGCGCCGGCGCGUUCGCUCGGCCGCCCGGGCCUUACUCACGGCCCGCGACGGCCUCCCCCAGGCGCGCCGCACUGAGCUGCUGCUCCUCAUCGCCUCCUACAUGCAGCAGGACGGCGAACAGGUUGCCGAGGUCACGCAGGACAUGCUGCAGAAGGCGGCCGGACUGGAGACCAGGAUCUUUAACGAGGGGUACGUGCCCCACGGGCUAAAGGUGGUCGGGGCAUACGCCAAGAGCGGCCUGCGUGGCCUGAUGGAGCUGGAGCGCCUCUGGCGCCAGCACUUCCUGUCCAGCAUGAGGCCCCGCUUCCUCCCACCACUGUGGUCGGUCAGCCACAACCACGACAAGUACCUGCGCAAGUACGGCGAGGACCUGGUCAUCGAGCUGAGCACAGCGCCCGGCUCCCCGCAGCCCUCCUCGCCGCCCUCCACCCCACCCGAGGCCCAGUGACCACCCCCCUCCUCAUGCCUGCGUGUGAGGCGUCCUUUCGUCUCGCCUGGUUUCCUCUCCCUCACACAUCGGUCCGACGCGGGAGGAAUCCCACCCUCUACUGGUGCUACCUUGUGUGAGCACCGGACUUGAGGGAUAGUGAGAGAUGGACUCUACAAAAUCAGACACUAAAAUGGGAUUCCCAGGAGAGUGUGUACGGACCUCAGAAAGACUGGAAGCUGGAAGUGUUUACGGAGCACAAGUCAGAGGGCAGUAAACAGAGAAGAUGUUUGGUGUUGCUCAUAUAUAUGAUUCUUUUGAGCUAUAUGUGAAGAAAAAUCCACCUAUCAUUGUAAGUCAAGUAAGUUAUUUUAAAAAGCCAUAAGCCUGCUCUUAAAUAUAUUAUUUAACUUAAAUUAUUAAUUCCCUGUAGGCUUAUGGCCCUAAACAUUUAUAUACCUUAAACAAACAAAAAAAAAAAAACACAUGAAUUGCACGAGAACUGCACAACAGCUCCAUAGAAUCCCAUCUUUUGGUUUUUCUCUGAAGCUAAUGUGAAAAGGAUGUGUGGAAUGACCUCAUCAGUUUAUGUUGAUUGUUUUGUAUUUUGCAUCGAGUCCUGACAUGAGAUUUUGUAGAGCUUUUUCCUGGACAUGGUUUGACCUCUGAAUGGAUUAUUAUUGGUUAUGAGGUUUGACCUUUUUGACCUGGCUGUCGUUUUCCCCAUGCACACCCUUUCUCAAGCAAGGACACCUCCUAACACGACGUCGUGUGACUAUUCCCCUUGCUUGAGCACAGAGUGCAACAAGAGCUUUGAGUGGGGCCAGCAUUACACUACUGCUGCAGCAUUUGUAUUUCCCCACUUGCCCCCUUCCCCUCAUAGAAUUUUGAACUUUUGGAAGUGGUGCCAACCAUGUGUGUGUGUGUGUGCGCGUGUGUGUGUGCAUGUGUGCGUGCGUGUGUGUGUGAUUCAGUGCUGAGACUGCAGCUUCAUCAGUUGGAUUGGUGAUGGUGUCAGGUCUGAGAGGUUUGGCUGUUCUACAGUGCUCUGCUCACCUCUCGGUUGUCUUAAGGAACCUGCAGCUUUUGCUUUUAUUUACAUUCAUCCAGAUGUAACCCCCUAAAAAGCUGUGCUGUUUCUGAAGCUGUGCUGCACAUGAAACUGAAAUAAAUCACAUUUGUAUACUUGGCAAAAAGGGAAUUGGUGGUUUUGGCGAGAGGGGUCUGGGUAUCGGGGCCAACUUGCCACAGCCUUGUUGUACAGAUAUUUUUUUAAAGGAUUCCAUCAUAUAAAACAAUAUACAACGUAAUGUGUUUUAGUACCAUAUAUAAUGUCUAGUGAACUGUCUCAUCAGUUAUACAUGAGCUAUUCUGCCAGCAUUUAAAAAUGAUCUCAAACAUUUAUUUAUCAGGCUGUGAAAAACACACAGAAUCUGGAUUCACAAUAUUUAUGGUCAUUAUAUACAAAAUCACAGUUUAAUAAAUAGUCUGUAAAAAUGUGUACAAAAGGUUUUUUUUUCUCUUUACAUAUCCUAGGUCAAUAACUUCAAUGACUUGGGAUGUUUUUUUGUCAGAUAUGACAGUUUCUUUUACAAUCGGGUUCUGCUGAAUUAAGGCCUCUUGAUUUUGGCAUUAGAACAAUCUAUGAGUCAAUUUUGAUUCAAUGCACAAACCCUUGCCACCCUGUUCACAGUUGAAAUACAAAAAUAAAUAGCAAAAUAAAUACUUAACACAAUGUGGCUCAA